ACCGUCUCUUUCCCUUCAACUUCAAAUAAUCAUUUGGCAUGAAAUGAAAUCCUCUCGCAAGGGCAGCUUCUUCUCCUCCUCUUCCACUACUGUAACCUUUGCCUUCCAUAAUGACGACCACUCUACUUCUCCAACCCAUCACGGUGUCACCGAGAUUCCCAUCCAGUCCUCCAAAGCCGCUCCAGUCCCCGUCACCGUCCAUCUUCCCCACCAAUUCCAAUCCAACGCCGCCGCCAAGAUACAAUCCACCUACCGUGCCCACAUCAUCCGCAAACUGUACAGAAAAAUCUCGGCUGCCAACUCCGAAGCCGACCAGCUACAACGCUCGAUUCAGCUGCAGGAGACUGUGGACGCCGUCAGGAGCGACGAACGCGCGAGGCUGAGGAUGAACGAGGCGCUGAUGGCUCUGUUACUGAGGCUGGACUCGGUGCCCGGUAUUGAUCCGACGUUGAGGGACGCGAGGAGGAAGGUGAGCCAUCGGAUCGUGGGGUUGCAGGAGAUACUGGACGCGAUUUCGGAAGCGAAGGUGCCGGGCGAUGAUCACUGUUAUCAUGCGUGGGGUACACCUUGGGGUUAUGGAUACGAUGGCUUGACGAGGAAUUGGGACGACGUCGUGGCGGAGAUGGAGGAGGAGGUUUGCAGGGAACGAGGUGGUGACGAGAUGGAUAGGUUUUGUGCGCAGAAUUUGGGGUUUCGGUGCUUGCAGAGGUUUCUGCAUGAGCCCUGAUCCUUUGGUUCGGUUUCCGUUGGGUACAGCUUCUACCAUGUGUGUGUGUAUAUAUAUAUAUAUAUAUAUAUAUAAAGUUGUGUGUUCUGGAGGUGAAUUGUUAUUGUGGUGGAUGGCAUAUAUAUGAUGGGUUCUAAGAAAAUUAAAAUUAGCAAACAAAAAGUGGUAGGAAAUCUCUCUCUCCCUCUCUCUUACUCAAUUACUCGCCGAAGGAAGAAAAUGCUAAUGCGAAAAAGAAACCAAUUAAAAACGAGAAGGAGAUGUUUCUACAGAUCGGAAAUACAUAUAAUUAAGGAUAUGGUUAUACAUGAUCUAAUUAAACCCCAGAGAGACCGGUGGCCUAAGCGACACAGCUGCACUUGCACCGUGACAUGCAUCUCUUGCAAUCGGAGAGUUUUGGGCUCCCACCGUUGCAAUCACACCUCUUCACACAGCUAGACCUGGAGCUACCAGCCCACAAGCACCGCGCCAUGCAGCGUAAUACUGGCACGCAUGAUGGGCAACCAUACUUCAUCUGGCUAACAAUACAGUCUUUGCAUUCACUGCCGUUUGGUGUGCAGGCCAGCAUCCCCACCGGCGAGAUCACCAGCAAUAUCAUCAACAGCAUCAUUGGCACCGGCAGCUCCAUUUCUUUCAGGUUGGGUAUUUCUUUCUUUUUGCCAUGCUCUUCGUAGCUUCUUCAUUUAUAGACCACCAUUUUCUUUAUAAAAAUAAUGUUAUGGGCCUCUUCGAGAAUCGAGACUCAUCUUUGGGAUAUACAUGUAAGAAAGAUAUUCAAUGCUUCAUAUCAGCACCCUACUCUGCUGUGGAAAUUCUUACAACUGUUCGAUGAUGAUCCAAGGGUACUCAAUGAAUGUGAGAGAAAUGUAUUUAUUUUUUGAGUUGGUUUGGGUUGGGUUGCUUGCUCUAGGCCUCGGUAACCACUGAAUCAACUCAUUUACCGUCAUUAAAUUUCUGCCAUUUCUUGGUUUGCACAAAA